AUGCGACGCCUCCUGCGGUCGGUCGUGAUGAGGGAGCGGCGUUCCAUCUCCUUGUCCCACUCCUCCUGCAACAUGGUCGCCGGCUUCUCCUUCGGCGCGAAUGUGCACGUCUUCGUCGGCGCCUUCGUCGGCGGCUCCGCUGCCUUCACCCUCGCGCGCGUGCUCCCAGCAGUCAACCAGACUCCCUCGCUCAGCUUAAAUAGCAGCGACGACCCCCGAUCAAGCCAAGCAUCCGAAGCAGAAGCAGCAGCACACAGCAUAGAUCGAUCAUCAAUGGCACCGGCGGCAGCGGCGGGCGGCAACGAGGAAGCGGCGGCGGUGCGCGUGCUGGGCGGGCGGAUGAGCCCGUUCACGAUGCGGGCGCGCAUGGCGCUGGAGCUGCGCGGCGUGGCCUACUCCCUCGUCGAGGAGCGCUUCGAGCCGCGCAAGAGCGACCGCCUCCUCGCCGCCAACCCCGUCUACGGCAAGAUCCCCGUGCUCCUCCUCCCCGACGGCCGCGCCAUCUGCGAGUCCGCCGUCAUCGCGCACUACGUCCACGAGGCCGACCACUGGCCCGCCGCCACCCCCUCCACCCUUUUCCCUUCGGACCCCUACGAGCGCGCCAUGCACCGCUUCUGGACCGCCUACGUGGACGGCACCUUCUGGCCGGCGCUCGACGCCGCCUCCCUCGCGCCCACGCCGGAGGCCAGGGCCAAGGCGGCUGCCGAGGCCCGCGCCGCGCUGCUGCUCCUCGAGGAGGCCUUCGCGGCGCGCAGCGGCGGCGGGACAUUCUUCUCCGGCGGCGAGGCGCCGGGGCUCCUCGACAUCGCGCUCGGCUGCUUCCUGCCCGCGCUCAGGGCUUGCGAGCGGCUCAGCGGCGCCGCCAUGCUGGACGAGGCCACCACGCCGCUCCUCAGCAAGUGGAGCCGCAGCUUCGUGGGUGUCGACGCGGCCAAGGCCGUCCUGCCGGAGACGGACGAGGUUGUCGGGUUCACCAAGUUCCUGCAGGCCAAGUUCGGCGUUGCGCUCCCAAAUUAA